UUAAUGAUGCUUUGUUCCUUUUUUUAUCAAUCCAUGGGUUUCAGGUGUCAAAGCUAGAGGAAGAAAUAAGAUAGAGAAAAAAAAGAGUGUGUAUGUGUGUGAGAAGAGAAAGAACGAGACCCUACAUCGUUGACAAAAUUAGAGCUCCCGCGCGCCUGUGAUGCGUUGUGUUGCCUCAGAUCCAGGCAACUAAUGGUGGUAUGUGGAAAAGGGAGUCAUCUUUUUAGGGUUUCCUUGUGAUUCUUGAGGCUUUACCUUUUCUGGGUUUCUUUCUCAUGACCCAUUUCUUCUUUCUUGUGUUUAGGGAUAAGGGGUGUCUUUGUUUUUGAAAUUUGUUUCCUUUUAACUGGUGGGGUUUGGUGUAAUAUGUUUUUAUGCAGAUAAAAGGUUGUGUUUUUGUUUUUUGUUUUUGUAUUAUUGUUUUCAGGCUGUUUCUCUCUCAUUAGAGUUGACAAAGGUGGAUGGGGUUGUAAUGCUUGAGAAGGGUGUUGUGGCAAUUGGCAUAGCUAUUUAUGAUUAACGUUUCCAAAAAUGGAAGAUGGGAUGCUUUGAUGUUGACUAGAUCUGAGUGCCCCAUUUCACUUUCACCACCUUUUAGCUAGUUCAUGCUUUGCAUCGCCUGAAUUUGCUUCCCCUUUUGUCUUGUAGGGCUCAUUAGGAAUGGAAAAUGCCACCCUUUCACAUUCUAAGAUCCUAUUCAAUCUCAAAAGCAGGUGCAAAUUUAGUUGAAGUAUGACAGGUUUUGUGAUAGCAGAGGGGUGGGAGGGUAACUUUUUUUCCUACCUAGAUAGGGAUUUCAAUGGAGGAGAUGUCAUUUGUGGUUGCAGUGCCAUUAAGAGUAGGUAAUUGUUGUUCAGUCUGUGAUAACACAACCAUAGUUCCCCACAUGGAUGUAUCCAGGUUUAAGCUGAUGGCGGAUACAGGGUUGUUAUCUAAUUCUGUAACUAAGGUUUUCACCAAGACAGUUGCAGGUUCCGAUGAUUGUGAUGAUAGUGGCAAUUUAGAGGAUGAAGCUGGAAUUACUGAGGUUAUACCAGCAAAACAGGAUAGAGAAGGAGAGAGUCCUAUGUUAGAUAUGAUAUCCCAAGAUAGAAGUACUUUGGUUGGUGAUGAAGUGUUAGCCGAUGAAAUUGAGGAAGAUUCAUUAUCAUUGGAAGGUGAUCAGGUUGUUGAUAGCUCAUGUUCUCUUUCGGCAGUCAGUGAGAACAGUAGUGUGUGUGGAGAGGAGUCCUUGUGUUUCGAUGCUACUUCAGAUGUUGGGACACCAUUUUCUGCUUAUGUAGAUAAGAGCAUUGGUGCUGUCAAUAUUGCUGCCGAGGCAGUUGAUUUGGAGGAAUCAAAUGUUGACACAGAUAUUACAACAGAACCUCUUGCUGCGGCAGUGAGCCUUGAAGAAGAGAAUGGAAUUAGAACUGGCCCUAAGCCUUCUGAUGCUGUUCUUCAUCAAUUGCCUCAGGAAAAGGGGGUGAGUGGAAUGGUUGGUCGGAGUGUUUUUGAAUUGGAUUAUACCCCACUUUAUGGAUUCAUAUCUGUGUGUGGAAGAAGACCUGAGAUGGAGGAUGCACUUGCAACUGUACCUCGAUUUAUGAAAAUUCCUAUUCAGAUGCUAAUUGGUGACCGGGUGCUUGAUGGAAUAAACAAGUGUUUCAGUCAGCAGACGACUCAUUUCUUUGGAGUCUAUGAUGGCCAUGGUGGCUCUCAGGUUGCAAAGUAUUGUCAAGAUCGUAUCCACAAGGCUUUGUCCGAGGAAAUAGAAUUUUUCAAGGAAGCUCUAAUCAGUGGAAGUAUGAAGGAAGGUUGUCAACAUCAGUGGAAAAAAGCUUUAACCAAUUGUUUCAUAAAGGUUGAUGCUGAAGUUGGAGGGAAAGUUGAUAAUGAACCUGUUGCCCCAGAAACUGUUGGUUCCACUGCUGUUGUUGCUGUUAUUUGUUCAUCUCAUAUCAUAGUUGCAAAUUGUGGUGAUUCAAGAGCGGUUCUAUGUCGUGGCAAAGAACCCAUUGCAUUAUCGGUGGACCAUAAACCCAACCGACCUGAUGAAUAUGCAAGAAUUGAGGCAGCUGGAGGAAAAGUGAUUCAAUGGAAUGGUCAUCGUGUAUUUGGUGUUCUUGCAAUGUCAAGGUCUAUCGGUAUGUACUUUUUAGGCAUUUAUUUUAUUUGCAGUGUCGUGUGCAGACUAGUUUCAGUUUCAUGGAAAUCUUUAUUUGCAAUGCGUUUGUCAUUAUCAUCUUACUUUACUAAUGAAGAAAGCAGAUGCUAAUUUUUUCUUCCCUUUGUAUUUUGUUGGCUACUGGAAAUAUGUAAAUACCUAGACUACAGUAAUACUGAAUAGUUGAGCAUCCUUUUAUUCAUCUUUUGACGAGGAAGCUAUUUUGGAAUUUGGGAUUUCAUCAUCUGAAAAUUAAUUGUAGGUGUACUUAUGUAUUCAGUAUUAUUGUAGGACCAUACAAUUUGCUUGGAUCACGGAUGGUGAAAGAGAUGGAACAUGAAAUGGUUGAAAGAUAAUUUAAAAUUUAAGAAUUUAUGGAGUGGAAUUGGAUGUGUGGGGAAUUAUUCCCUCUGAAAAUAACUUCUUCCCUUCUUAAUUGGAAUAAUGAGAGGGAAUAUCUGUACAUUCAUUUAAAAAAGGUCUUCUACAACUUCACUUAUAUUGUGUUGCUUAGGUGUUCAUAUACAUGAAUGUUUGUGCUGACAAAAGUUUAACUUUCCCUUUAUACCCUUAUCAAUCACCCAAGUACAGGGAAGAAAACUUUCCGAUUCCAUCCUGUUUCCUCUAGAACUUCUGAACUUAGCCCUUUGCUGUCAAUCUGUGACAAUUAUUGAAAAUAUGUCCUGUUGAACCUAAGCUACAAAUCAUGGUGCUAUAAGCUUCUCUACGUGUUAUAUAUUUUGCUAUCAAAAUACCAUUUUUUUUAAGGUUUUGUUAAGUCUAAGCCAAAGAUGAUUGCAGUGCAUUCAAAUGUUCAGAGUCCAGACGUAAUUGCUUGAAUAUUAUUAGUAUAGUUGAAAUAACUGAAAGACUUGUGUCUGGUAAGAGAUUAUGAUUAUUUUUGCUUGUUCAGAUAAUAAGGUGGUGGGAAAUGUACUAGUAUAGGCAAAUUGUUUUGUUAUAUGAGGCCGAAGGGGUCGAGACAAUUUUUGAAGUAUUAACCCUAUUGCCUUCUCUCAACCUCUCCCUUUCAUGCUGCUCUUUUAUGAGAU